AUGGCCGCUCGCGAGGCGGGCCCUGACCCCGUUUCCGCUUCCGGAGGAGGGGGGUGGCUGGUGGAGCUGUGUGCCUCCUUCAGAGACCUGCUGGCCUCCUUCUGCUCCAAUGCCAGACAUGGCCUGGUCUGCCCGGUCUGCUCCUGCUGGAACCAUCUCCAGACUACCUCCUGGGGGCUGCUGCUUCUGGGCACCCUGGGGGUGCUCUGCUAGCAGUACUGGCACCACCCAGUCAUCAUGACAGUGUCCAUGCACUCGGAACGCCAGCUUCUUCCCCCAGUCACCCUGGGCGACAGGAACUCACCCCAGAAGGCCCUAGGGGAUCACAUGGGGGGCCCUGGGACAGUGGCUCCGAUACGAUGUGCCCCCAAGCCGAACCCUACUGCGUGUCGUCUGGAGGUGCUGGACACUUUUGCCCAGGAGAACAUCUACUCCCUAUACAAGUACCACUUCACCAAGGGCAGCCAUGUCCCCUCUGCCAGUGUUUCUGGCCCCAAGCCCCCCAUCCAGCUCCAUGGGAUCCAUCUGCCAGUGGCUGAGGCACCUAGCAACAGCAGCGGUGGUGACUGCUUCCACCGCACCUACUUGUCAGGGUGGUACCGCUUCCACCACAUGGACAUCCUGGCCCUACUGCCCACUGCCUGGGAGGACGGCCAGCACAGCAACGGUGGCCACAUCAUCUUGUCUUGCCACUAUGACAGCAAGGACUGCCAGGUCUGGCACUUCCAGAUGUCCCACCACCCCACCAACGGCCGCUGCCACACCUUGAAGGGUGGGGCCGCACAGCACCCAGGUAUCACCCACAAUGAAUGAGUGCCAGUCCCUGGUAUGAGUCCGGUCCUCAGGACUGAGCUGCAGCAGUAUCUCACGCUGCUGUCCACCGAGGCUGGUGUCAAGGUCAUGGUUCACGGGCACAACCACACGCUCUUAUUAGAGCACCAGGAUUUCAGUAUCCGGCCACAGUUGACAUCCGAGAGGCAGGCGUGCUUGGGGACCCUCUGGGCCCACCACCCUGGGGGCCUGGGGGGCAGGGUCAGCAGAACUGAAACCCCUCCCCGCUGGACGUGGUGCGCAGAGGGCGUGGCCAUGCCUCUACUGUACCACACCUCCGACACCAGGCUGUGGAGAACCUGCUCCUGUGCCUACCACCUCCACCCACUGCCUGCGGGGGCUCAGUCCUGCAGCCACGCAGCACCCAGUCUGGGCCACUGCUUCUACCACCUCCUCCAGGACCUGGAAACAGACUACAGCAGUGUAGCCAAGGUGAAUAUCCUCUACCAGGAACUCAACUACCAAACGGUGGGUGAGUGACCUGAGUCGCAGAUUCCCCAGCUGCUCUCAGCCGUGGGCAGCCUCUGGAGCCUGUGGUUUGGCUCAUCAGUCCUCUCUGUUCUUGAACUGCUGGAGUUGUUGCUGGACACCACGGCCCUAGCCUUCCUGCUGGGCCUCUAUCGGCUCUGCAGAGCAUGGGUGUCCCAGCCUGGCGCCAUACCAGUCCUGAAGCCCGGGGACUGCAGAGAGUCCCAGGAGCACUGGAAGGAGUUUUGGCAGAAGAGAUAG